AUGGCUGAGAGGAAGCAGUCUGGCCGGCAGGGCGAGGAAGAAGAAGUGCCGGCCUUCUUCAAAAACCUGGGCUCGGGCAGUCCCAAGCCCCGGCAGAAAUUCUGUGGCAUGUUCUGCCCAGUGGAAGGCUCCCUGGAGAACAAGACCAUCGACUUUGACUCCCUCUCGGUGGGCCGCGGAUCUAACAAAGUCGUGGCAAAGCAGAAGGAUGUUGCCCACCUGGGUCCGGAUGCUCAGUCCGUCUAUUCCAGGCAGAGCGGGAAGGGAGGGGAACCAUCUGUUGAUUUCGGGAGAAAGGUGGAGAUCAGGAGUGCCACUGGGAAGGAGGCGCUGCAGAACCUGAAUGACAAGAGUGAUCGUCUUUUGAUCAAAGGUGGUAAAAUAGUUAAUGACGACCAGUCUUUUUAUGCAGACAUUUACAUGGAAGAUGGGUUGAUAAAGCAAAUAGGAGAGAAUCUGAUUGUGCCAGGGGGAGUGAAAACUAUUGAAGCCCAUGGCAGGAUGGUGAUUCCUGGAGGGAUUGACGUUCACACCCGCUUCCAGAUGCCGGAACAAGGGAUGACAUCUGCUGAUGACUUCUUCCAAGGGACCAAGGCUGCACUGGCUGGGGGCACCACCAUGAUCAUCGACCACGUGGUUCCUGAGCCAGGGACCAGUUUGCUGACUGCAUUCGACCAGUGGCGAGAAUGGGCAGACAGCAAAUCCUGCUGCGACUACUCUUUGCAUGUGGAUAUCACCGAGUGGCAUAAAGGUGUCCAGGAGGAGAUGGAAGCUCUGGUUAAAGAUCAUGGUGUGAACUCCUUCUUGGUUUACAUGGCUUUCAAAGAUCGCUUUCAGCUAACUGAUUCUCAGAUAUAUGAGGUCCUGAGUGUAAUCCGCGAUAUUGGUGCGACCGCUCAAGUGCAUGCUGAGAAUGGUGACAUCAUUGCUGAGGAGCAGCAGAGGAUCCUGGAACUGGGGAUCACAGGCCCUGAAGGGCAUGUGUUGAGCAGACCUGAAGAGGUGGAGGCAGAGGCUGUGAACCGGGCAAUAACCAUCGCCAACCAAACCAACUGCCCCCUUUAUAUCACCAAGGUGAUGAGCAAAAGUGCUGCUGAUGUCAUUGCUCAAGCCAGGAAAAAGGGCACUGUGGUAUAUGGAGAGCCCAUUACAGCCAGCUUGGGUACCGAUGGAUCUCAUUACUGGAGCAAGAAUUGGGCUAAGGCGGCAGCUUUUGUUACUUCCCCACCACUGAGUCCUGACCCAACCACUCCUGACUUUCUCAACUCGCUAUUGUCCUGUGGAGACCUCCAAGUUACUGGCAGUGCCCACUGCACCUUCAACACUGCUCAGAAAGCUGUUGGGAAGGACAACUUUACCCUGAUCCCUGAAGGAACCAAUGGGACUGAAGAGAGGAUGUCCAUCAUCUGGGAUAAGGCUGUGGUGACUGGCAAGAUGGAUGAGAACCAGUUUGUUGCUGUGACCAGCACAAAUGCAGCUAAAAUCUUUAACCUGUACCCACGGAAGGGCCGUAUUGCAGUGGGCUCGGAUGCUGAUCUGGUUAUCUGGGAUCCUGACAGCGUCAAGACAAUCUCUGCCAAGACUCAUAACAUAUCUCUGGAGUACAAUAUCUUUGAAGGCAUGGAGUGCCGUGGGUCUCCCCUGGUGGUUAUCAGCCAGGGGAAGAUCGUGCUGGAGGAUGGGAAUCUCCAUGUCACCGAGGGAUCUGGACGGUAUAUCCCCAGGAAACCGUUCCCUGACUUCGUUUACAAGCGCAUUAAAGCAAGGAGCAGGCUGGCUGAGCUGCGGGGUGUGCCUCGAGGCCUCUACGACGGACCUGUCUGCGAAGUGUCAGUGACACCGAAGACGGUCACACCAGCAUCUUCAGCUAAGACAUCUCCUGCUAAACAGCAGGCCCCACCCGUGAGGAACCUGCACCAGUCUGGAUUCAGCUUGUCUGGGGCACAGAUCGAUGACAACAUCCCACGCCGCACCACUCAGCGCAUCGUGGCACCGCCCGGCGGACGUGCCAACAUCACCAGCUUGGGCUAAGGACCGACCCCUUCUGUGCCCGCCUAGCGGACCAGGGGACGGGGGCACCUGGAGACCCUUUUUGAUUCUUUUAGAGCCUGUGACAGUUACUGCGGGCAACCAGUGAGGGGGGGCUGAAGUAAGGCACCUCUUUCAGUCCCCUCAGAUUCCCUCCUCAUCUUCACCAACCCCUCUCACUUCCCCCCUCAGCCCCUACACAUUUAAAGAAAUAAACCCUGUUUUGACACCUCUGACAUGCAAAAGUAAAUGUAAAGAGGAUGUUUGAGAUAUGUGGCCUCUGUCCCAUUCAGCAUCUUUCUUUUAAUAAAGGAAGGAUAAAGUGAAUUUCCCGGGAGCUGCCUUUAAGACACACACAAAAAAGGAAUCAAUAAAUAAUAAAUGUAAAAAAUAGCUUUUUUUUUUUUUUUUAAUGUCAAGCAGAAGAGUAGUUCAAGGGUUUUAAACUGGAUAUUCUAUAGGGUUCUGUGUUCCAGCAGAAUAGCUAGGCAAGCAUGGAGGGACACGAAUCCCAGCCUGUCUGUAACCAUUCCCCACCACCGCCUUUGAGGUCACUGUAUAGCUAUCUGCUGCCAAGAGAGAGAAACAGGAUCCAGCACUAGGAAUUGACAAAGCGCAUCGCACCCAGCCAUCGGGUGAGCUAGAAUCGUUGGGGACUUUGGUUCUGUUGGGUUUUUUCAUUAUUUUUUUUUUUCCUUCUGGAUUUUGCUGCGACUUAGGUCCUUGAGGAAACUUUUUUUUUUUUUAUUUUGUGUGUGUGUUUUUAAUAUGUUUGUAUCAUUGUGUUUACGAAGCCUUACCUGAGAACUGGGGAUCUCCCUGUUCUUCCCGGUCCUUCCCGAACCUCAUUCAAGUUACAGACUCCCGCCAGUGUCACUGCCGCCCUGGUACUUCAGGUAUUCCUAGGUUGCAUCAUUCCAGCCAACGCUUGCCACUUAGCUGCAAUAGGAGGUUACGGAGCAGGUUCAUAAGCUAUGAUCUUCACUUCAGUGUACUAGGUCUUGAGCUGGUGCAAACAAAGGGGCUGGAUUACCAGCUGAGGAGCUGGGACAGAGUUUCUUGACAAGUUUUUAGCAGUUAGUUUGUCUUCUGUUCCUGGAGGUGGAACUCAAUAAGCAGGGGGCCAUGGGCAAAGAGCAACAUGUUGCUUGAAUGAUUUCUGUAGCAGCCACGUUCCCCCUUCCUGGCCAUCAAUGAGUGGUUAUUUAAAACUUUAUGAGAGCUUAUCUUUAGCUCUCAUCGAAAGGCCGGUCAGUUGAGCGUGUGCCUUCAAGUUACAGACUAUUCCAAUUUGAGUCCAGAGGCCCAGCUGUUGUAACUGGGAGCCUCAGAGCAGCUCGAUGGGUCAACAGCAGCUGAGAAUCUCUCAUACACGGGGCGAAUUUCACAGUCACUCAUUCCUUCAGGAAUCUGCCUUUGUGCAAAUACUCAUGAGAAAGCCUGGUGGUUCCCCACCCUUCCUCAGAUGCCUGCCACCUCAGAUUUGAGAAACCAGAGGCCGUGAGUGGUCCUUGAAUGAAUUUAGGAGCCCCAGCUUCUGUGGCAGUCAGUGGGAUCUGGGCAUUUAAGUAUCUUCUGGCAUUGAAGGUCUUCUAGCCCUAGUAUUGGAGGCUCAUUAUUUUCAGGACAUGGAGAAAAAAUCUGCACCAUUAGAUUCCCACUUAAACUUAGCUGGAGGGCUCGGCGGUCCCAAGGACUUGGCCUGUCUCUUAGCACAGAGAGCUUUUCUACCCGCAGUUAACACAGCAUUACCUCCACUGUCUGUAUGCCCUGGCACUUGGCUGCAUCUUCUGCUUUCUCUUCUAUUUGUACUUUGCCACGUACAUUGACCUUGUUUUUCCGUAUUUGUGAGUAUUUUCUUAAAUGCUGUUUACAGGUCCUUUUAGGGAAAAAAACUAUAUAUAUGAAGGCUUUUAAGAAACAAGUACCAAAUUUUUUGUUAUGAAGUAUCAAUGCUGGGAUUUGCAAAGGAUCUGGAAGCUAUGUAGGUACCCAAACCCUCCCAGCUUCAGCACCUAAUUCCUUUAGGCCCCUUUGAACACAGAAGUUAAGAAAAACAUUGCCAUAUUCAUCCAUGCAUUUUGCAUUUAGGUUUAACUCUUGGGUCUUUUAGUUUUGCAUAAAAGAGUUUGCACUUUGUUUGUUAAGUAAUCCGUGAACUUAAUAUAUAUUGCAGCUAUUUUCAUUUUUUUCACCUAUAUGUUAAAAUCAAUUUGAACGAGUUGGGGAGAAAAAAAAAAAAGAAUUGCAGAUCCGUUUCAAUUCUACGAAACACUUGCGGCUCUUCAGUAUUCACUUAAGUCUUCCUUUUUUUUUUCCUUCACUGACUCAUGAUGACUUUUUAGUUUUAAUUUGUUCUUCAAAAGGAAAAAAAAAAAUCACAAAAAAAGAUUUUUGCAGGCUAUGUAAGCAUGUUUUUUCCUGUGAGAGCUCGUCUGCUUUGUGUCUGUUUAAUGAAUGUCAUAUGUAAAUGCUUAAAGAAAAAAAAAGACGAUGACUUAAUUAAUUAAUUAACCGCAGUGACUUGAAGCUCUAAAAAUAAAAAGUAGGAUUUAAUACUAGCUGGAUUUAACCCUUGGAUUUGUGAUUGUGAACCAUGAGUGGAGGAGCUGUAAGUGCUAAAGCUGAUCAUGUGUGUAGACAAAAAGAAGUACUGAUAUUUGACCAUUGUCUCAAUGGCAAAAAAUCCCCACCCCAACCCCAAGUCUUGUGUUUUAUUCCUUAAGAACUCUGUGUUAUAUUACCAUGGGAACUCCUAAUAAAGACAAAAUGUUGUUGUUUCAC